AUGAUCAUCUUGGAGCAGAACAACAGAAUCAUCAUCGAGCUUCUCGAGCAGAAUGCGAAACCAGAAUCAGUCAACGUCACAUUCGCCGAUUUCGACGGUGUUCUAUAUAAAGUGUCGAAUCCGGAUGGUGUGAAGACAAGAAUCAUUUUACUUCGAAAAAUCUACGGCGGACACAUGCGCGCGACACCCGAAUCCGGCGGAUUCAAUGUGACGCUGGAAUACGAUUUGAGUGCUCUGCCUGGCAAUACGUCAGAAUUGGUGCAGAAGGCGUCGGCAUUGAAGCGAAACUGUUUCGCAUCGGUAUUCGAGAAGUAUUUCGAAUUCCAGGAGGCUGGACAAGAAGGACACAAAAGGGCUGUGAUAAACUAUCGAGAGGAUGAGACAAUGUAUAUUGAAGCGAAGGCGGAUCGUGUCACCGUUAUCUUCAGUACAGUUUUCAAAGACGCCGACGAUGUGAUUAUUGGAAAAGUGUUCCUUCAGGAAUUCCGUGAAGGACGUAAAGCGAGUCAAACGGCGCCAGCGGUGCUCUAUUCACUCGGGGAGCCCCCGUUGGAGUUGAAGGAUUUGCCAGGAGCACGAGUUGGUGACAAUGUUGGAUACAUAACAUUUGUACUGUUCCCGAGACACACCAACAAGAAGACCCGAGACAAUGCGAUCGAUUUGAUUCAUUCAUUCCGUGACUACCUUCACUAUCAUAUCAAGUGCUCGAAAGUCUAUCUCCAUACCAGGAUGCGCGCGAAGACUACCGACUUUUUGAAGGUGUUGAAUCGGGCUCGCCCAGAAGUGAAAGGAGAGAAGAAGACGUUCCACGGAAGAACAUUCCAGACUCAAAUGCCUACAAUCCGCUCGAAUCUCAGCAUCCCUCUAACCCAUCUGAAUCGAAUCGACGAUGUCCGUAUGGAGACGGACGACGUUGAGAAGAGAAGUGAGACGACGUUCCGCCCACUAUGCGUGAAAUGUGGUGUUUUUGGAGCACAAGAUGGAUCAGGAUAUGCCGAAUUCGGAAACACUAGAGUCUUGGCACAAAUGUAUGAAAAAGAACAUCUCACUUCAGUUUACAAAUCUAUAAUUUCAACGAAAGUCGCCGAGUUUCGUGCUGAGUUGACAUCUUCUCUGUCUGCAGUCAUUUUCGUCAACAAAUAUCCUGGAAAAGUGAUUGAUAUCGAAGUGACCGUUCUCUCGGACGAUGGAGGUGUUCUGUCAACAGCUAUCAUCGCUGUCACUCUCGCUUUGGCUCAUUCUGGAAUAGAACAUAUGGGAUUGACAGCUAGCGCUCAUGUGGCAUUAAGAUCAAACGGCGAUUAUAUCACCGACCCAAGCACAUCUGAAGCAGAGGACGCCAUCGGCGGAGUGACUUUCGCGUUCGUCCCAAAUCUCGGGCAAACAACAUGUGUAAAUCUAUACGGACGGAUUCCUCUGAAAGCCACGUCACCACUUCUGGAAUUCGCGAGACAACGAGCGAUUGCAUUGGUUCCGGCGAUUCACAAAGCGGUGGUGAACAGUGUAAAGGAGAGAAAAUAA